AUGGUUUCCGAUGAAAGUAGCAGCAUGGCCAGAAGCAGCUCGAGCUCGAUUGACGGAAGUGGAGGCAAUACCACGACAACGACCAGUAGCAGCAACAGAACUGAUCUGGCUUCGCUCGAGACGUUCAACCCCGAGGGCAGUUUGGUGGAUGCGGCGGACGGCUCGCGGGUAACCAUCUACAACUCCGAGUUUCGGAUUCUCGGAAAACCGGAAGCUUAUAACGAUCAUAGAGGCCUUGACAGUGUUCAUCUGAACUUCCUGCUGGGCCUGUUCGCCGCAGUUGCGCAAAUAUUUCUAAUCGCCGUUCCGUCGAACCCCGACAUCGAGAAGGUCCUGAGCUCGGUCGGUAUCGAAACCGACUCAACCCGAGUCACCAAGGUGGUCAACGAGAUGAAGGGCAAGUCCGUCGUGGAACUGAUCGCUACCCGCCGCGAGAAGCUCUCCUGGAUGCCGUCCGGUGGUGCUGCCCUGACCAAUGCCGCCAAGGAGAAGAAUAAAGCAAAAGAAGGAAAAGAGUUCGAAUCCGAGGAUGAUGACGACAUGGGCUUCGGUCUCUUUGAAUGAGGGAUUUCUUCGUGGCAACAUCGC